AUGGAUAACUCAAGGUCGUUUAGUGAAAUGAACAAGCAAGACAAUAGCAAUGAUAGAGUUGAUCUCUCUCUGACAUUGGGGCUGCCUUUGUCUGAUUUUCAUCAAAACGCAACACUUUACCACCAUACUCAGCAUGGAUUGGUUAACCAAGGAGCAAUUGUUGAAGGUCAACAAAGCUUCAAUGGCAGUCAAGCCCGAUUUGCAUGGCCAUCGGAUCAACUUGGUAGAGGUGUCCAUAACAUGAAUUAUGCAAAUGCAUUUAACCCUUUUUCAGACCCUUCUAUGGGGCUUCCUUCUUAUGGAACCAUUGAUUCUUCCUCCUACAAUUUCGCCCCCACUCGUCCUCUUCCUCCUCCGAAUGAGGUGCCUCCGAAUACCUACACGCUGAUCGAUGUCCCUCCAAGGAGAGCCGCUGCAAAUCAGCAUCAUCUCGAGAUUGGAAACUCCUCUGCCUCGGGUUCGGGCGGGCAAGUCCCAUGGCGUUUUGGCACCUACAAUGACCCCUUCAAGCGAUGCACCAACUACAAUUGCAACACCAAUGAUACUCCUAUGUGGCGCAAAGGACCUCUCGGCCCCAAGACUCUCUGCAACGCCUGUGGUAUCAAGUACAGGAAAGAAGAGGAAAAAAAGAAAGGGAAAGAAGCCAAAAGUAGAGGCCGACGGUCCAACCCUGAGGAAUAG